CCCGAACAGGCGGAAUUAACCUCAAAAGACUAAAACAAAAAAACUAUCAACAACAACAACAACAAAAAAAACCAAGACAUCCACGGGGGAAAAGUUGGAGAACAAAGGAUAUUUACUGGAAUACAACAAAUCUAAACGCACCGCUAAUUUUCAUUUUGUUGGAAUAUUUGACACCAUGAGGAUUUUCCCCGUUGUGCUCCUGCUUGUUCACGGCUUGGUUGUGUCCAGACUGGCCAGUGGGGCUGCAGUCGAUCAGCAUGAGGGCGACAGGCAGCGGCACACGUCUGUCUUCAACCUCUUAGACACAACCAGGGACCGGAGGGCUGAGGAGGAGCGCACAGGUGCCACAACAGUGCAGCAUGGCCAGGAAGGCAAGGAAGAGGAGGAGGAUGAUGGAUAUUACUACGAUGAUGAGUCUGAAGACGAAAUGUCUGGAGACUAUGACAUGGAUCUGCCACGAGUCGCCAUGUCAAGCAAACCCAAAGACCCAUCAUCCCUCCCGGAGCCCCGAAACACAGAAGAAACCCAAAGAAGAGGAAAGGGAAUAAAGAAAGGGAAAGGCAAGGGAAAGAAGAGGAAUCCAUGUCUGAAAAAGUACAAGGACUUUUGCAUUCAUGGCACCUGCCUGUACCUGAGGGAACUCCGUGCCCCAUCUUGUGUCUGCCGUCCAAAUUACUCUGGCGAAAGGUGCCAGUUAUUUAUGCUGCCUGUCCAUACCCCGGAGGGCUACAGCAGGACCACGGCUUUAGCAGUGAUAGCUGUGGUGCUUUCAUCCGUUUGCCUCACCAUCAUCGGCCUCUUAUUAAUGCUAAGGUUUCACAAGCGUGGAGCGUAUGAUGUAGAGAGCGAGGAGAAGGUGAAGUUGGGGCUGGCGUCCAACAACUGAAACCACAAACAGAGGCAUAAAUGCAGAAAUUCUACCUCAAACUGGAAAAACAGAAGCGUACUGCAACGGGAGGUCCAGGAGGAAACAUGAACGUAUGCGGAGAUGGGAGCUGAGAGCGCUCAGAUGGAUGUUCGAUAUCUGGUCAGCUGUGGGCGACCGGAUCGGUAUCCCCUCAGGCGUCCACUAGAGUAGGGGGCAUCUUCCAGGAAGCGAAAUACAGAAGGGCUUAGAAGAUAGACUGAAGAUGGGAUCGGCAGGAAAAAAACAAGAAGAAGGGAUGAUGUUUAGACUCUGCUCUGCUUCGUGACUGUGUGAAAAGAAAGUGUUUCAAGUGGAACUGAAAACUUUAAACAGCAAGGAUAGCUCAAUUUGGACUCUUUUCUCUCAUGAGAAAAUGUUUUGUAUUUUUCCUGCACACCUUUUUUUUCUUUUUCUGUACAGUAAACAUUAUAUUUAUAAGUUUAAUUUAUUUAUUUAAAUGUAUUUAUAGGGAUAUUGUUCCCUCAAGUAGUUUUUAAAAUUGUAAUGUUACAAUUCUUUUUAUAUUUGCUAUUGAACAAUAUUUAUUUAUAAAACAAACAGGCAGAAAACAAAAUCACAAAAAAGCUCUUUGCCUUUAUUUACAAUUUUCGUUGUGUAGCCAACUUUAUCCAAUUCUGGCAAACCCAAAGUGAUCCAAAGCACUGUAAUUAUUAAAUUCCAAAUAAAAUGUUUAUUUGGUUAAUUUCUGUUUAUUAUUAUUAAUUUUUUUUAUCUUUGUUAAAAUAUAAACAACUUUUUGGAAGCUACCAAUAUCAUACCAGGUGAACUCAGUUGGAUUGUAAAACCAGUAGACCCCAUCGUGUUUUUUUGUUGUUUUUUUUGCCCAAUGGCACAUCAGAGUUGAAGAUCAGGGACGUCUCCUUCCCUUAGCUCGACUUUAUCCUGCAGGCUCAGGGAUUUGAAGGCCAGAAAGUAAAGGAGUUUCUGUGUUUGGCUUUCUGUUUUCUAAAAAAAAAAAAGGUCAACAAAGAGGUUUUUUUUUUACAAGUUUCUCCACCAACUGUACAGAUACCAGACCCUCUUUUACCUUAUGAGAACAGAAUCCAGAAUCAAUACUGAAGUGAAAACUGGCUGUAUGGAGAGAAGUUGAAUUGUUUUUUGUCUUAUCAGUGGAGAUAGUGUCACGCUGCCAAAGUGAGAAAAAAAAAAGUGAAUUUAGAUGUUCCACCCUUUCAAAUCCUGAUUUGUCAUUUUUGAAGUGAUGAUUUGUGAUUGAUUUGUUCAUUGCAAAAUAAAAUAAAAAAUCUUGACAGU